AUGUGUAUGGAGUCUUGGGGGCGUAAUAUUUAUGCAAGAGCACUUAUUGAGUUGAACGCGGGUAGUGAUAUUAAAAAGGAACUAGUCAUUGGUGUUCCUGGAUUGGUUGAUGGCGGGUUUAUGAAGACAACUAUUGAGGUUGAGUAUGAAUGGCAGCCUCUGCACUGCCAAGGGUGCAAGGUCUUUGGACAUACCAUUCAGAAUUGUCCUAAAGCUAUAAAAGCAACAAAGGAAAUUCCAAAAGAUGGUGAGUUUCAAACUGUUGCGCGAAAAGGAAGAAAGGCCGGGAAAGGGAAACAAGAUGGCAAAGGCAAUAACGAGAAGCACAUUGAAGGAAUUCGGUUGAACAAAUCAAAGCCUAAUUUUGUAUAUACACCGAAACGGGCACAAAGAGAACCAAAAGAGAAAGAUAAUAAGUCUCAAACAGCCUCAAAUAUUGCUUCUUCAUCCCGUCAACCACCUGUUAAUACAAGCAACUCAUUCUCGGUUUUGGGGAAAGGUUUGGAUGUACAUGAUGACUAUUUAAACUCUGUUUUAGAGGAGGUGGGUUUAAAUGAAACACAACAAUUUAGAAGAGUUCCUAAAUGUACAAACCCCGAGUUGGAGAGUGAUGAUGAUGAGGUGGAAAUUGUUUUUGCGGAGAGUGAUUUUUUGGCUACCAAAAAAGGGGCAAGCACUCCUGUAAAACUGGUUCCCAAUGUAUAA